AAGGACGGAGGGGUGAGACCCAUUGCGGUGGGGUCUACUUUACGACGUCUGGCAUCAAAAAUUGCGGUUAGACACUUUAGAUCAAAAUUGCAGUCCCUUUUUGAACCAGUACAGCUAGGUUUUGGCACGAAAGGUGGGUGCGAGGCAGCCGUCCAUGCCCUAAGGACCUACCUUUCAUUCGAUGAUUGUGAAAUUGUAGUCAAAAUUGACGUUAAAAAUGCUUUUAAUUCGGUUAAUAGGGACACUUUGCUGACAGAAGUUAAGGACAAAAUUCCGGAACUGUACAAUUACCUUUUCUUUUGUUAUUCAGACUCGUCUAAAUUAAUGUACAAAUCACAUGAAUUAUCUUCUGAGGUUGGUUGUCAGCAGGGUGACCCUCUCGGGCCAGCAAUUUUUAGUUUGGCUAUAAAUCCAAUUAUUAAAAAUUUAAAAUCAAAAUUCAACGUCUGGUACUUAGACGACGGAACCCUAGGAGGCGACGUGAAUACUGUGCUCUCUGAUUUGUCUUUUGUUAGGAGCAGUUUCGAAAAUAUUGGUUUAGAUUUGAAUUUCAGCAAAUGCGAACUCUUUAUUCACAAAUCUUCUUGUACUUUGACCGACUUAAAACCCAAAUUUGACGAUCUGGCUCCUAAUAUAAAAUUGGUAGACAAGGAUUCUCUUUGCCUCCUGGGUUCUCCUAUAUUUGAAGAAUCUUUUCCUGAUUAUGUUUCUAACUCUAUAUCUAAUUUCAAAAGUCACACGAAUAGUUUACUCGAAAUUAGCCCUCAUUAUGCUCUUGUGAUUCUGAAAUUCUGUCUUUUUGUCCCUAAAUUUACAUAUGUGCUCCGCUGCUGUCCUUUUUGGAAACAUCAAAAUUUAUUGUCGCCUAUAGACGAUUUGAUCAAAAUUAGUAUAGAGACGAUUCUAAACAUUCAGCUGAGUGAGCCUUCCUGGUCUCAAGCGUCCCUCCCUAUUCGGUUCGGAGGUUUAGGAAUUCGCAAAAUUUCCAGUGUGGCUUCCCCAGCCUUUUUGGCAUCCAUUAAUAGCACGUCUGGUCUCAUAGGAAAUAUCUUAAGGGCUUUGCCCACAAACUAUGAGAUUACGGGCUUUGAGGAUGCUAAAAAUGCUUUUAAAAUUGCUUGCCCGGGCAAACAAUUUCCAGACAACCCAAAAUCACAAAGGAGCUGGGAUAAUAUUUACUGUGAUUUAACUUACAAUACUCUUCUAAACAACUGUACGGGUCCAGAUCACGCGAGACUUUUGGCGGUCGGAGCCCGGGAAGCCGGCUACUGGCUACAUGCCCAUCCUUCACCUAAUACUGGUACUUUCUUGGAUCCGACCUCCCUAAGACUGGCGACUGGUUUGCGACUCGGGGUUUCGGUAUGUACGCCACAUAUAUGCUCUUGUGGCACGGACGUGGACCGACUGGGACACCACGGAUUAUCUUGUCAAAAAAGUGCAGGUCGUUUUUCAAGACAUGCGUCGCUUAAUGACAUAAUCCGUCGAUCUCUUGCCACCAUCAAUGUGCCUGCUCUUCUUGAGCCAACUGGCAUUAUCAGGGAUGAUGGCAAGAGGCCUGAUGGGGUGUCCUUGGUUCCUUGGAGCUUGGGACGGAUGUUAGUGUGGGAUGCUACCUGCGUAGACACACUGGCACCGUCCCACCUCCAACGGACUAAUGUAAAAGCGGGCGCAGCGGCGGAAAGCGCCGAAAUUUUGAAACGUAAUAAAUAUAAGAGCCUCGGUAGAGAGUACCAUUUUGUACCUUUUGGCGUUGAAACUCUAGGUCCAUGGGGUCCCAGCGCGCACAAGUUUUUUGGAGAAAUCGCGAAACGUCUGGUUGACGUAACUGGUGACCGAAGAGCUGGCGGCUUCCUCGCACAACGUAUCAGUAUUGCGAUACAACGAGGAAAUGCCGCCAGCAUCCUUGGUACAAUGCCUCAAGGGCCUCUUUUAGAUAUAAGCUAGUUAUAGUAUUCAUCUGUAUAUAUCCAUUAUGUAUAUUGUUAUUGUCAAUAAAUAGAUUUAUUUCUAUUGAAAAAAAA